AUGGACUCACCUAAAGGCUCCAGUGGGACCAUAGAGUCCGAGGAGCUCCUUCCUCUGGAGGCGUAUGAAGAAGAGGCACCGACAAAAACCAAAAAGCAACUCAUUGAAGAACAACUACAGGAAUUGUAUGAGUAUACUUUUGCCAUCCCUGAGCGUCCAGAAGAUGACCCCUCUGGGAAAUCAGCGUUCUUGUAUAGGUGUCAACAACUGCAUAAGGAUUCAUUCAUGAAAUUUCCUAUUCAAAGUAUCGCACGUAGACUUUGCGAAGGAAGCGAAUCACUCGACCUGAACUUCUUCCCCCUCGGAAAAAAGGGUAGUGCUGCACUGGCAGCUGCCCUGCGAGUAAAUCCCUACAUCAAGAACCUUUCACUGGUUGGGUGUCACAUCACACCAGCAGGUGGGAUGGAAAUAGCCCAGGCUCUUUCUGAAAUGCGGAAUGUUACAACACUCGAUCUCAGCCAGAAUAUGCUGGGCGCGCGUGAUCCAGGUGAUGAUGUUCGGGGAGGUGCUGUAGUCUUGGAGCUUAUUAAACCCGGUAAUGUGCUGAAAACACUCUCAUUACGUGACAACGGGCUAAGUGACCAACACACAAGCGACUUUGUUGAAGCAGCUGUAGACAACACGGAGCUGAAUUGCCUUGAUCUGAGUUUUAAUCGAAUUGGUUAUCUUGGUGCGAUGGAUCUGGCUCAGAUUCUCUCUCGCAACGCCGACCUUCGAGAGGUGAAUUUGGAGUGGAAUCAAUUCCAAACUAUGGGAAGUCGUCACAUUCUUGGUGAGGGACUACUGCUGAAUAACACAAUCAAGCGAUUCAACCUGAGUUCGGAUGGCUUGGACGACGCGUGUGCGCAGCUAGUGGGGCGCAUCAUUGGUGAGAAUGCCAUCGAGGAGAUUGUCAUCGCACACAACAGAAUUGGACCUGUUGGUGCGGAGUUUAUUGCAAAGGGCCUAUUGGUGACAUCAGCACUGACCACGCUUGUUUUAGACGAUAACCCUCUUCAGAGUGAAGGCUGUUUGGCGCUUCUUCGCGUUGCUGCAGAGGCCAGUACUCUUAAGCAUCUCAGUUUGCAACAGUGUCGGUGCGGUGCGGAGACUGUACAAGAGGCGGGAAAAGUGACCACGGAGGUCCGGCAGGACUUGGUCAUUCAGAUAUCUGAAGGGUGA